CUUUGUUGUAAGCUCAGGACAGCAAAGUUUGCUGCUCCCCACCAGCCUUGCAGCGUUUGGGCUGAUCACUAGGAAGGCAGCAGAAAGAGAAACUCGGUUUGAACUUCACCUGGAGACUUUGGUCUCCCCCUCUUCCCAAAUUAAGAAGGAGAGGGACGUUUACCUCCCCUCUGCUGCACUCCAAGGGCUCCCCUAUGAAGGUGACUUGCUGGAUCCUUGCAGGUUUUUACCUGCUUUUCUGCUGCAAAGCAGAAGAGGGACUGAAUUUCCCCACUUACGAUGGGAAAGACCGAGUGAUCGACCUGAACGAGAAGAACUACAAGCAGGCCCUGAAGAAGUACGACAUGCUCUGCCUACUCUUCCACGAGCCCGUGAGCUCUGACAAGGUGUCCCAGAAGCAGUUCCAGAUGACAGAGAUGGUCCUGGAGCUGGCAGCUCAGGUCCUGGAGCCCAGGAGCAUUGGCUUCGGGAUGGUGGACUCCAAGAAGGAUGCCAAACUUGCCAAAAAGUUAGGCUUGAUUGAAGAGGGAAGCCUCUAUGUCUUUAAAGAGGAGCGGUUGAUUGAAUUUGAUGGGGAACUGGCCACGGAUGUCUUGGUGGAAUUCCUCUUGGACUUGCUAGAAGACCCUGUGGAGAUCAUAAACAACAAGCUGGAGCUUCAGGCCUUUGACCAAAUUGACGAGGAAAUCAAACUCAUCGGCUACUUCAAAGGAGAAGACUCUGAACAUUACAAGGCGUUUGAAGAAGCCGCCGAACACUUCCAGCCGUACAUCAAGUUCUUUGCCACCUUCGACAAAGGGGUUGCCAAGAAGCUGGGGCUGAAGAUGAACGAGGUGGACUUCUAUGAACCGUUUAUGGAUGAGCCUGUUCACAUCCCCGACAAGCCUUACACAGAAGAGGAGCUGGUUGAAUUUGUGAAGGAGCACAAAAGGGCCACCUUGCGAAAACUGCGCCCAGAGGACAUGUUUGAGACGUGGGAGGACGACAUGGAGGGAAUCCACAUCGUGGCCUUUGCCGAAGAAGAUGACCCAGAUGGUUUUGAGUUCCUGGAAAUCCUGAAGCAGGUUGCCAGGGACAACACCGAUAAUCCCGACCUGAGCAUUGUCUGGAUUGACCCUGACGACUUUCCUCUGCUGAUCACUUACUGGGAGAAGACCUUCAAGAUUGACCUGUUCAGACCACAGAUUGGGGUGGUGAACGUCACAGACGCUGACAGCAUCUGGAUGGAGAUCCGAGACGACGACGACCUGCCCACAGCCGAGGAGCUGGAGGACUGGAUAGAGGACGUGCUUUCCGGGAAGAUAAACACCGAAGACGAUGACGACGACGACGACGAUGAUGACGACGACGAUGACGACGAUGACGACGACGAUGACGACGAUGACGAUGACGACGACUAACUGUGACUCUGCGCAGUUUGACUUGUGGGGGCCAAGAGGCCUCCCCCUGCGGCAGGUCCCUCUAUCAGAAGACCUGUGUUUGAGCGUCAGCAAGCACCGCUGCUCCUCUUUUCCCCCCUGCCCCGCUCCCCCUGCCCCUGCCCUCGCCGGGACCCCCCCCCCCCCCUCCCCGGCCUGAUUCUCGGCGGUGCUGAGCCACCAGGACUGCCCCUGCGGGCACCCAGCACCGCUGCAAAUCAUGCCUCCUUAGUCAGGACAAUAGGAAUCUGCAGGGAAUCUGCCUCGAGUGUCCCAGGGCAGGAGAAAAGUGCCCGCCUGCUCGCUGCCAGAGGGAGACAGGGAGCCAAUUUGUGUUUUCCGUGCUCGUCGGCCCAGCGCUUAACAUCCAAAGACCAAAUCUCACUUCAAGACAUAGGGAAGGCCACUGUAAAAUUAAGUCCUUUUAUUAAACUCAAUGCCCUUUGCAGCUACUCUGCCAAGACCACUCAAUCCUGCAAGUUCUGCUGCGGGAGGCUGUAGCUGCUCAUUCACAUGCUAGGAGCAGCAAAAAGCUUUGGGAGGGGAGGAAGGUUUUAGGGAUGCUAUUUUAAGUUUCCAGUGAUUCCGUAUAAUGACAGGUUAUUCUCGUCUGGCAGCCCAAUGCAAGACCAAACACUGCAGUCCCUGUCUGAACCUUUCUUUUUGAAAGCUCAGGCCAAAGACAGGGUAAACGCAGGUGGUCUGACAGGGG